AGRCCUGCAGUUCUCACRCAUGGGAUAUGGGAUCAGAUACGUGUUGAUAUGGGCAAGGAAUUUUAUCUCAUGUUGUUUGUUCAAGAUCUACUAUCACAAUACAGAAGAAAUACAAAUCGUUUACCAUAUAUCCAGACAACUUCAAAGCAGAACCAUGCUGCAGAAAGAAUAUGGGUAGAGAUUAAUUCCAGAGUCAACUAUCCUGUCAAGAAGGCACUUAACAGCAUGGUUAAUGAAGAAAUCAUAGACAUGGAUGAUGAUGUUACCAAGUUUUGUGUUUCUUGGGUCUCCUCUUAUGUGUGUUUCACUGGAACUUGUCAAGUUAUUGAUGCAUGGAAUAAUCACCCAAUUCUGGGAAAGGGCAUACCAGAUAAUCUCAUGGAAGAAAACAAGCAAACAGUUUCAGUGGCAGCAAAUAUACUUCCAUCAACAACCCAAGCUGUUAAUCUMUAUCAACAAAGAGGAGGUACAUUAACACACUGGCCAGAAUUUGGAAGAGACCCUUUGCAAGGAAAUGCUGAGCUUGAGACAUUAAGAUCAAACGUUUUUCAAAUGGACAUUCCAAACUUCGACACUAUAUUUCAUGAAGUAGUAAAUGGAAAUAUAGAGGCAUAUAGAAAUGCUGUAACACGAUUCCGUGACCUAACCUAUUACUACUCCCCAUGAGCGGUCACCAGUCCUGAUAGAGUACCCUGUGAGUUGAGAUCGAAGUACGGCCAACUAUAAAUGUUAAAGCUUUUAAAGAAUCAAACUGUAAGAUGAAGUUUAAUUUAGUUGUGAAGUAAAAUAAAAUUGUUCUCAGUUGA